CGAUUUGAGAAACUGUGGCAGCCCGGCAAUUUCGUUAAGUUAUUAGGUGUGUACAAAGCGAAUGUUAAAAGCAAAGAGCAAUGUUAAUAAAUAAAAUGGAAUUGGUUUAGUUGAAAAAUCCGAAAAAAUUUUGUACAAUUUGUUUAUUGUUGCAACGAAGGCAUUUGCAACCUUGAGUGAAUGUGUUGCAGCUAAUUAAAGCUCUUAAUUGGGGUCGAUUUUGAUUGUGUCCUCAAUGAACAGUGUUUUAACAGCAGCAAUUAGCAAAUAGCUGCACGAAGGUCUAAGCUGCAUCUGAAUGUUUUUGGGGCCUUUGCUCACGUAUGUAUUUUAGCAUUUAUUACUAGCAAAUGAAUGAAUGAAGGGUUGCACCCUUCAAAAAAGCUUUACAUGAAUGUGUUUCGCUAAUACUAUUGUGGAGGCACAUAGAAAAUUGUUCGUUUCGCCGACUGGAGGUGGCAGUCUAAUUACGGGCACCCAUAAUAGAAGCUACAUCGAAAGAAAGGAAGAAUCGGUCAGUAAUACAGUACCAAAAAUGUCGCGUACCAAAUCGCGCAUUCAAGUCGAAAUAUGCGGGGAUUGCGGAGCCACAGAUCCAUCGUGGGCCUCCAUAAACCGCGGUAUUUUGCUUUGUUCGGACUGCUGCUCCAUACAUCGUAGCCUGGGCCGGCACAUAUCCUUGGUAAAGUCACUCCGCCAAGGAACUUGGGAGCCGUCUGUUUUGAAUUUCGUCAACUCGCUAAACGCACAUGGUGCAAAUAGCGUUUGGGAACAUCAUCUUCUUGAUACUAACUCUUCAAAAGCUGACAAGGGCGUACCACGUGUUCGAAAGCCUAAUCCAAAAGAUCCCUUGCAUCCAAUAAAAUUAGAUUUUAUUAAGUCUAAGCACGUAAAUUUGGUAUUCGCUUUGAAAUCGAAUCUUCAAGAGGAAGGCGUUAUUUCUGGCAUAAAUCUGGAAAAUGAACUUAGCAGACAACUACACGCAAGUGUUAGGACUAGCAAUUUAGAAACAUCUCUCCGCCUGAUUGUGCAAGGAGCCAAUCCAAACUUCUUUCAUGAAGAAAAGCGAUCAACGCCUCUGCAUGUAGCCGCUAAAUUUGGACAAGCGUCCCAAAUAGAAUUGCUUAUCGUCUAUGGAGCAGAUAUUAAUGCAAUCGAUGGAAAUGGUCUAACUCCACUUGAAGUUGCCAAAGCCAACAAUCAUAAUAUCAUAGCAGAGAGACUUUUGGAUGCAAUGUACGAAGUGACAGAUCGAAUAAUAAUGUUUUUGGGUGGAAAGAAACCAGACCAUUCGUCAGGUGGCCACUUGAUUAUCCCGGAAACUGCUAACACUGAAUUGAGCGAACAGCUUACCAUUGCCAGGAACCGUUUACAAGUGGUUCCAAAUAAAAUGUUCGAAGAGUUGGUUAUGGACUUAUACGACGAAGUCGACCGACGUGAAAAUGAAGCAAUUUGGGCCACUUCUAUGUUGAAUGCCGAUAACGCUGCAGUGCCGUUCUUGCCGGCAAAUCCAUUUUUAAGUGCCACUCGGAAUCAAGGCAGACAGAAACUAGCACGAUUUUCCCGAAAAGAAUUCGCUGGAUUAUUAACAGAUGUUUUGUACGAUGCACGCCGGCGACAAAAAAUAGCAAGUUUGCGACCACUCGAUGGACCCAAUAUUAAUUCUUUUUAUAAUCCAGCAUUGUUAACUGAAAAUGAAUUGGAUCUGUCUGAUGAUGAACCGAUUUACGAUCCUGUUGCAAGCGAUGACGACUAUGCCCCCGUGCAACCUGUGGCACAGCAGGCUAUUGUGCAUCAAACGCCCGAUGAGCCACAGCACGAAGUGCAGAACUUAUUGAGGCAGAUAAACGACUACAAAUAUGUGAUCAAUCAGCUCAAAUCUACUGUUGAAAAGCUAUCGUCUGAAAAUUCUGAGCUGAAGUCAAAGUUUUCGAAUGUUUCCCUGGUUUGUGCUAUUAAUGAAAACGUCGUUCAUCAAGACUCACUCCGAACCGACACAAAUGGAGUUGAAAAUGGACACGAAUCGCUUUCACCUUCUGAGGAUGUUGGUAGUGGCUCUGUACCUAUAGAUUCAAAUACUUCUAGUUCCUCCUCGGCUAACAGUUCAAACCAGUCGACCAUCAAACGUCCUGCAAGCAUGUAUGAGCGUCGUAUCGCACCACCUUUAUUCAAACCAAACGUUGAUUGUCGAACAACGACCAGUAUGUAUCAAAUGGCUGCUGAUAAGCCAUUUUCUGAAGAACUAAAACAUCGCACAGACCUGGUGACACGUCGUGUUAAAGAACUUGUUUCUAUAAUGCAAGAUUUGCCCACUAAUAAAGAUGAUUUGAUGCCUUGCGGGGAAAGAGUACGCACUGCUGUCAUUGAACUGAUUUCAAUAUUUACUACACCGUCAAAUUACAAUGAAACGAUCAGAGAUAUGCUAAAAACAUUAACGCGUUAUAACAUUCUAAUACCCCAUGAAUGUGAAAACUUGCAGAAAUCGUAUACUUUGGAUGAUAAGUCAGCAAUUGAGAAGUACAAUCACGAAGUGCGCGAGUGUGCUUAUUACAUUGUGAGCGCAAUGAAAACUCUCGUCAUGCAAUUUGAAUGACCUGCAUAUUUCAAUGAUAAUACAUAUUUGUUCUUUUUGAUUGAGUUAUUCAUCCCCUUACUAAAGUUCUAGCCUUAAACAAAAAAAAAAUAUGUUAGAUGUUAAUACUUACAAGAAUUUUUAAAAAUAUUAAAAAAUAAUACAUACACAUCGUUAUAUCCAUAUAUAUGUACAAAAAGUUAAUAAAAUAAAAACGAAUCAAAGUACAUACUCCGAUUCUAAGUUAAACUUUAUAGCGGUUUUGAUUUUAAAUUAAAACUAAUUGAUGCAUUUAGAUAGCUACAUAUCGUCACUAUCAACGCAAAAGGCCACAUAGAAAGUGCUAAAAGCACUUUUUUGUAAAAUGGUCUGCAGUAGCUAUCAUUAUCGCUCACUUGGAGAUCUGUCAUUCUAAGAGGCUGAAAAAAGUGCUGCUUGCAUUCCCUCUAGAAGGGCUAAUCCAUUUACAAUUUACCCAGAUGCAUAAAUUUAUGUUGUUUAGCAUUACAAAUUAAUUUCAAUAAACAUUUUAAGUUGCAAUAACACAUAUUUGAUAUCAACCGUAAGCAAAUACUUUAAAGAGGUAUGAUUUUUAUAAAUUAAAGAAACAACUUUAGAAGAACUCCUCCAAAAGGCCUUCUGAAGUACGUCCUAUAAAAGCCCUUCUGGAUAGCGAAAGAAUGAGCCCUUCAAUUUGUACCAUUCCAUACAAAAAAGAAAGGAGAAAGGAAUGUAGAGUGAAUGUCUUUGGAAAGGGCUUUCAACUCUUGAAAUUAUCUACUGGGUAGGCACCAGUCUUCAAACAUAAUAGGGCCAAUAGUAUUUUUGUCCGACACAAAAAGACUGGAGGAGGAAGGUUU